AAAUCAUAAAUAUGAUCAUUCCUAGCUGCCAUGAAAAAGCAACAUUGUCCAAUGAAGCCACAACAUUUGUUUGCAUUGGACAAAUAUUCUGUAUCCGUUUGUUUGUAUAAGCUCAGUAUCGGGGAAACAUUAUACAUAUUAUGAAUCUCUCACCAUCACUGUGGGUUUUCAGCCCCAUCCAUAAGAUGGAGCAGAUAUUUCAGCUUAGAUUACAUCCUUAUCACCAACCUACUGCAAGAAAUGUGAUUCUAUCGCUGCCUGAAAGGCAUCUCUCGCUUUCUCCCGGGUUCUCUCACUUUUCUUGAAUUCUAUCGCUUUCUCUCACAAUCUUCUCGCUCUCUGGCUUCUUCCCGCUGUCUGUUGCAGCUCCCUCUGUGUUCUCUCUUUCUCGUGACUUGAAGGCAGCUCACUCCUCUGCAGAGGCAGCCAGCCCUCCUGAUUUGCUCAGUGCUGUGGAGCGAUUUGCAUAGGGCUGGCCCACAUCUGAGCAACUCCCGCCUCCUCUUCCACAUCCAUCCCAUCGUCUCUGCUUAGUUUCACCUGAGUCAAGCCUCCCCCAUCCAUCCCCCUUCUCUCCUUUCUCUCUCCUCUCUACCAGCUUUAGUCUCUAUCCUCUCUGCUGGAGUGUCUCCGUUCUGUAUCUGUUUCUUACUCAGUGAGUGUUGGACAGGGGACUCGUAUCUCAUUCAUGACUUUUGCUUCAUUAGCCGUGUGAGCAAACACAGCAUUGUAGCGAGUCAGAUAGCACCUCUUUGCCUCAGUUUGGGAGAAGAAGGGCAGCACCAAUCGGAGUGUGGUCACGAGACAGAUGCUCCAAAGCAGUGGUGCAGGUUGCUGGUCACCACACGUUGACUCCCUGCCUCGCUUUUUCUCCUCCAGAGGUGAACUGGGUCAAUUGGGGAUACACGGUGCUCUCAUUCUACAUCUCAGAGGACCAGCUGAUAAGUAACAUCUUCUGGAACUGAGGAAUAACUAUAUGUGUGUAUACUAUAUGUGCUUCUUCCCCAGUGGCAAAAGAGUCUUGUCCUAGGAUUUUUAUUUGGAUUGUCAUCAAAGAAAGUGCGUGCAUUCCCUACUAUGGGGUCUUAAUGGACAUCAGGUCCUGCUCAUCUGUUUCUCUUUCCAUUCCACCUGCCGAAAGCUCUUCACUCCUGCAGCGUGGAGGGGGCGAUAACCAUGCGCCCCCACUUUGAGACCCAAUACUCCCUGUGGCUUGCUCGCAUGCUUCCUCUGGCCGUAGGAUAUAUGUUUGGCACUGCAUGGGGCUCAAGCCCUGAUAACACUGUCAUGCUCUCAUCGUCCACAUUCUCACAUUCUGAGACCCAGCACCACCAUCACCCGGCAGGAGCUCAGCAUCAAGCACCUCCAAUUGCCAUCUACCGUUCCCCUGCUCCCUUGCGAGGUGGCCAUGCUGGAGCAACAUACAUCUUUGGAAAGGGCGGAGGACUUAUCACAUACACAUGGCCCAAUAACGAGAGGCCCAGCACUAGAACCGAUAGAAUGGCAGUGGGCUUCAGCACAGCCAUCAAGGAUGGAAUUUUGGUCCGCAUUGACAGCGCCCCCAGACUAGGAGACUACAUCAUGCUCCAUAUCGAAGAAGGAAAGGUGGGCGUAACGUUCAACAUUGGCACAGUGGACAUCAGCGUCAAAGAGAUGACUACAGAUGUCAGCGAUGGAAAAUAUCAUGUUGUGAGAUUCACAAGGAAUGGAGGAAAUGCCACCUUACAGGUGGACAACUGCCCAAUCAAUGAGUACUUUCCAUCAGGUAACAGCGACAAUGAGCGUUAUCAAAUGGCUAAUAAGAAAAUCCCAUUCAAAUAUACCCGGCCGGUUGAAGAUUGGCUACAUGAGAAAGGUCGUCAGCUGACCAUUUUUAACACCCAAGCUACCAUCUCAAUAGGCGGUAAUGACCGCAAGCGACCAUAUCAAGGCCAGCUGUCUGGUCUUUAUUACAAUGGUCUGAAGGUUCUCAACAUGGCAGCUGAAGGUCAUGCUUACAUCAAGAUAAAUGGCAGUGUGAGACUGGUGGGGGAUGUGCCUACCAGCAGAAGCCCCUCAAGUACCACCACCUCCAUGCCCCCAGAGAUGUCCACCACCUUCAUCGAGACCACUACCACCCUGUCAACCACCACUACCCGCAAGCAACGCUCACCACCCACCAUUCAGCAGACAACGGAUGACAUUGUGUCCUCUGCAGAAUGUUCCAGCGAUGACGAGGAUCUGGAGGAGUGUGAUGGGGGACACACAGGAGGGGAGUUAGUUAUCCCUGUUCUUGUUGAGGAUCCCAUAGACAUCCCCCCUAUUUCCACUCGAGCCCCUUUCAUCCCCAUUCCCCUGACCCUUCACCCCGUCCUCACCAUUAUUGAGUCCACCAAAGAAUCCCUGACAAUUGCCACCAAGGCGGGUGUACCUUGCUUGUCAGACCAAGGCAGCGAUGAUUGUGAUGAUGAUGAUGAUGGUGAUGGUUUGGUGAUAUCGGGUUUUGGCUCUGGGGAGGCCUUCGACUCUAGCCUACCCCCUACUGAUGAUGAAGAUUUUUACACCACCUUCUCCCUGGUAACAGAUAAGAUCUUGACUACGUCGACCUACGAAGGUGGCUACAAAGCUCUUGCGCCCAAGUGGGAAGUAAAGGACUUUAAACCUAGCAAGGCCUCUGAGGCAGGAAGGACUACGGCCAUCCCUCCUCAGCCUGACUUCAGGAGCUCAGCUGCAUCACCUGUCAUGCCUGAGCGUGCACCUAAAAUCCCAGCUGGGAAAAUGAACAACCGUGAAAUCAAACCCCAACCGGACAUAGUGCUACUACCACUCCCCACGUCUUUUGACAUAGACGGCACCAAACCAAAGGGGCCGUACAUCACCCAGCCCAUGUUGCGCACCAUCCCCAGUGCCCUGCCCACCGUGCCAGGUAUCAGGAGAGUGCCUCCUGGUGCCUCGGAGGUAAUACGUGAGUCCAGCAGCACUAUGGGUAUGGUGGUGGGUAUCAUCUCUGCUGCCGCCCUGUGCAUCCUCAUUCUCCUCUAUGCCAUGUACAAAUACAGGAACAGGGAUGAGGGCUCCUAUCAGGUAGAUGAAACACGGAACUACAUCAGCAAUUCUGCACAGAAUAAUGGCACAGUAAUCAAAGACAAACAGCCCAACACUAAGGGUCCCAGCAACAAGAGACCCAAAGACAAGGACAAGGAAUACUAUGUGUAAAAUGAAAA